GCUCAGUUCAAAUUGAAACAGCAUUCACGUUGGUUGUGUUUCUAUUUUAAGACAUCCAGUCUCUGCGGUGGUAUACUAAAGAGUACCGGGUCGUGAUACUAUUUUUCGGUGAAUAACUAGCUAUUGAGAAAAAUAUAUUGAACAGUUCAACCAGAAAAAAGCGGUUCCAAAUAUAUGCCAAAUUUUUCAAAAAUAAAUGAAACGCACUCUGUUGAACUUGCAAGUGCUUGUCGGUGUAUUUAGCGGCUUUCAGUAUUUGAAUCGUUAGCAACAUAAAAGGUAUACCUGCGUCUGUGUAAGUAAUCUCGGCAUCGCUUGUAUAUGCGUUCGCACACAGAUAUACACCUCAACGGCAACCGAAAACGGUACCCACUGUGUGCGGUUGUUGAGCCAACAUCAUUUAGUUGUCAAACGUGGACGAGUAAGCACUGCACGGUGCAUGCGGCCGGCUGUCACAAGGCAUAAUAGAAAGAAGUUUUUGUGAAGUGGAAAACGAUAAGCGUGUAGAGAGAGAUAGAAAACCGGAGUAAGUGUACCAAGAAAAAGAGUGAGAGAUGGUAGUGAAGACCUCAGCAUAAAACUGGUUCGGUUGCGCGCGCUCAAUCAACUGUUCGUACUGCUGGCGUGUAUUUUAUUAUUUUUCGACAAUCUGUGCUGUGUUCGCCGCUCGAGAAACGCGAAUAGCUCCGGUUGGGGAAUGUGUAUUAGUGUGUGGCAAAGAGGCUUUAUAUGGUGUUAUUAAAUUGGGGCUGCAUUAAGAAAUUGUUUUCGAUUCUGUGCUGAGUGAUGGAAAAGGCAUUAUGUUUUUGUGUUGAAGAAUAUGUGGAAAAACACGAAUUUAAAGUUUAAGCAAGAAGAACGCAUCGGACGAUCGGAAUACCGCCCGUUUGGAUUACACAAAUUAUUGGAUUAGCUGUUUGGCGAGAAGGAUACAACAGGAAAAAAUGUCGACAGAAGUGGCUAAGGUGACCAAGACAACCACGGUUGUCAAUGGUCCCGAAUCACCGUAUAAGCCGGCGCGGAUACAUCUGAGCUCGGUUAACCCUUACAUUACAUGUAAUCUUUGUAAAGGUUAUUUGAUCGAUGCAACCACGAUAGUCGAGUGUCUACAUUCGUUUUGUCAUAGCUGUAUCAUGCAACACUUGCGUACGGAACAGUACUGUCCUCAGUGCGAGAUGAUGAUAAACAAAGCGAAACCGAACAUCAAACCAGACGCUACCCUGCAGGCAAUUGUUUACAAGUUGGUUCCGGGGUUGUACGAGAAGGAAUUGCUUCGGAAGCGAGCCUUCUAUCGGCAAAAUCCGGAAAUGGCAGCCUUGGCCACUCCGGAGCAGCGGGGUGAAGACACCGAACAUCUCAUUUUCAGCCCAAGCGAAGAGUUCCAACUAUCGCUGGAGUACGCUGACAAAGAACUUGCCGGCGACAACGAAGAGCUUAAACGGCCCAAGUAUCUGCAGUGUCCGGCGAUGGUUCGAAUUGCCUGCCUCAAAAAAUUCAUCAUCAACAAGUACAACAUUCCUACGCAUCUGUACUACGUGGAAAUCAUGUACAAAGUGCAAACGAUUACCCUUCCAGAUCAUUAUACUUUAAUGGACGUCGCUUACAUCUACACCUGGAAGAAAAACGAUUCGAUGGAAUUCUUUUUCCGCAUUCGGACUCAUGAAAUGAAAUCGGUCGAACUGCCGGAGGUGCCCUUGCGGAGAUCCCCCAGCAUUUCCACUGGCCGUCAAAGUAGUACCAGUGCCCUCGCUACCAUCAAGGAGGAGGAGAACAUCGAUAGCAACGAGAACGUCACACUCAUUAAGCCGAGUGAUAUCAAACGAGAGGAAUCGAGUCUGACGGAUGGAGAGGGUAAACCUAGUGACGACACUAGUUUGACAAUAGCAACAUCACUAACGCAAACGGUGAUGACGCCAAUGACGACAACCGCUGUCGCAAUGCGACCAACACCGGUUAGUAUCGUUGCUGGUGUAAGUGAAUCCAUGCUGGAUGUGAAACCUAAUGUGACAGCAAUGGGCAAACAGCAGCAGCAACAUGAAAAUCGGUGCAGCAGUGGUGAACGCACUGGAAACGGUGUUUUAGUUGCCGUCCCUACCGUGCCACCGCCCAAGGUGAAGAAAAAUGAAUCGAUAAAGCUGAAAAUAGAAAUGAACAAAAACACCUAUGUUAGUAUCCUGCAAAGUCCACAGCCGGAUGCUGGCAGCAAGCAUCAUAAAUCAGAUAAAUCCGAAAAAGUGAAAAAGAAAAAAUCCGAGGAUAAGGACAAAAGUGUUAAUAAGAUUAAAUCGUCCAGUGAUCUCAAAAUUAAAAUAGAAAAAGUGAAAGAUGGACUAGUCAGUGUUAAGAGAGAUGGGAAAAGCAGUAAGAAGAUGCCGUACAAAGUAGAGCUGAGUGGUGUUAGUGAUUUCAAAAACGGAAAACAAAUCGUUAAUGAUUUUGAUCUUAAGAAGGCGAAGAAAGAAGCGCAAAAAUUGGAUAAAAGUUCGAAAAAAGUGAAAUCACCAAAGAGAAAUUUAGACCUUGAAAAAGUGCAACCUUCAAUAGUGCUUAAAAUAGACCAAAAAAGUCCUGAACUGUCGACGUCCACCUUCAAAAUAGUGUCUCAACCAUUCGCAACAUCUUCGCCAAAGCAAAAGGCAGAAUUAAGCUUAGAGGACGAGAAAUCACAGUUCCUAAAUUCGUUCGAGUUGACACCAAUCAAAUCACUUCAAGGUAAUCAAUCAAGGUCUCCUUCCUGUUCGCCGGGGUCAUCAAGUUCGUCGUCAUCCACGAAUAAUGAGCCGAAACAGGGAAAACGAAAGAACAAAGACGCUCUAAAUGGGCGAUCCAUGCCUAAGAAACCAAAACUCUCCGAUGACGAAAUGAAGGCUCUGGUUGAAAGAACCGUUCAACAGAAUAUCAAGUCCACUGUUAAUAACAAUGGGCCACCACCACCAAACUCGAUUCCAAUUCGACUCGUUAAGCCUGAGCUGGAAACUUCUCUUCCUGUGAAAAAUGCAUUGCCUCCUCAGCCUUUACCGAUAAAGUCAGAUCAUUCGGUCAAAACCACUCCCAAACAGGACCUCAAACAAAAAGUUUUCGACUUCAAACCUCCGACUCUACCGCCACCAGUAGUUACAACCACGAACAUCCCAGCUCCUAAGCCCGCUCAGCCCGUAAUGAUUGCUCCAAAGCCUUCAUCAGAACUUUUGAAACGACCUGCAGUGCCUUCAUUUCCGAAACCAAUUCAGCCGACCAAGAAACUACCACCCCUUUUGCCAAAAGACGUCGAUUAUAUGAAGAACAACAAACAAAAACUGCUAGAAAUGAAACGAUCUAUGCAAAAUCCGCCGAUAAUUUCUCCGAACAAGGACACAGAAAUUAGUCAAAUCAAGCCAGAACAUGCCAAGAAAAAUAUUAAGGUGUACGGCCCCCCUGCGGACAACGGAAAUUUUGCUGUACCUACCGCGAUAUCAUCGGUCUCCAAACCAAAAGUGAAACAACAUCGCCCCGUGAACUAUUUGAACUACGCACUAAUGAAUGCCAACAAGGCCCCGGCCGGCUCCCGAACACCUAUUCCUUCGUAUUCAAAUUCACCGAGCUACUCACCAGAUUCACCGCAGUACAAUCCAAACUUCAACAUCUCGACUAAACAAUAUAAAUAUGCAAAUCCACUGGCAUAUGCUAAUUUUUUGCAAAAUAUGCUGAACGAUCGAAAAACCAGCAAUGUAUCACCACCGCAGUCCGUACAAGAGCGGAAAGCUGAACCAGUGACCGAGAGAAAGCGAGCUUGUCCUAGUCCGGACAGCAAACAAGAACCGCCCGAGAAACAACCGAAGGUUCAAUCAUUACUCAAUCAAAUCAACAUUCCAUCUUCGCUUUCCAUAACACUGGCCACCGAGGAGGACGAAGCUGCAAGAGAAAAGGCCCGCAAAAGUCUACCGGAGGACGACAAAAACUACAUCGAGAUCCUCAAACUACCGGAGAUCUCAAUUACAGAAGCGGAACGAACAACACCUCCUAAAACACAACAAGAUACUUCGAAUAAGAAACCAGCAAAAAGUCCUAGCCCCGGCAAGUCGGAAAAAAAUAAAUCCCAAAGCGAGGGCAAAAACACUAGUCUCGAGGCAGACAAUGCAUCGUUCCAGCAAAAAUUCAUCCAGUCAAUUCGAGUGGAAAAAGAGCCGAAGGUCAAGAAUAAACCAAGCAAUAAAUCGGAAAAACAACAUUCGCCUGUAUUUACACCGCCAGUUCCAGCCUCUAAUAGUAACGCAUUCAAACUUCCAAAUGCCACCGUACUGAGCAACGGCAUCGUAAAGCUGAACUCCUAUCCCGAACUAGAUCUCAUCAACAAAACUAACGCCAGUCCAAGACCGGCGCUUUCGCCUCCCAAACCAAUUGGCCCUAAACAUGUUCCUAUUGCGCCCAAACCAACUGGAACCUUUUUCCCGCCAACCGGUACGCCAUCGAUGCUUCCAACAAAUCGUAAAAGCCUGUCACCUCCUGUUCCUAAGCCAUCGGUAUCCCCCGGACAUCCCAAGUCAAAAACUCCGCCAGCGAUGUCCUCCACUCCGUCGCAUGCAGCGUUGGCCGCCAUGGGUCCUAUGUUCGGCUUGCAAAUGAAUCAGGAUAACGCAAACUUCAAUCAAGCGAAAAAAAAUGAAAUGAAACCGAGAAGGCCUUCACAAAAAUCUCCCAAACCGAAUGUUUUGGAUUUAUCGUCUCAGAAUUCUCCGACAGCAGCAUCCGCAGCGUUCGCUCCGACCGAGAAAUCCAAGGACGCAAUGAAUAUGCUAAUGAUGAACAAUAAUCUAAACAACACGCAGAAGCUCCAGGUUGCCAACUAUCUCAACGAGGUGGCUAAGCUAAACAACAGUGGCAUGAUGGUGCCCCAAAUGAUGGGAUUGCAACCGAAUCCUUUCCUGAACCAGAUGAUGCAAGCCUAUUACCUACAACAGUUGUCUCGCAUUGCCAAAGCGGGUAACGACAACAAUCUGGAGAAAUGAGAUUUAGCUAAAGGCGGCACGGCGACGGCGGCUUGGCCGCCUCGUGUGACGUCGACCUCGGCUUCAACAGCAGCGACAAUUGUGAUAGAUAUUCCUUAAUUCGAUUAAUAAUGCUGACGACCUUUCGCAAAGACGCAAUGAGCGAGCGAGCGGCUCUCACGGAACGCUAACAGAAACAGAGGGAAAACAUCGACAGUAAAUCUUUAACCCAUUAUUUAGUGGAUUAUUGGUUUGGUCGUAUAUUCUCCGAAAGUUAAAACCUCAUGCUGGCUUUUGGCAUACCGGGCCAAAGCGAACAGACAGAAGACCAUACAACUUGUAUACGCUUAGAGAGUAUCCCUGUAAAUAGACUUCUCAGUGUUUGUGAUCGGUGCUGUAAAUAAGACGGACAAUGUACGGUAGUUUAUGUGAGAGGCCAACAACGCCACUGUUUUGAGAGAAUCGUUACUUCGGUUGAUUUCGAUAGAUUGAUUGCUCGUUCGUGCACAAAACGGUUCCGGAGGGAAAAAGCGUACGAGAGAAAACGAGAUAAAAACACAAUAACAGUAUUUUUUCUAGCCUUAGUAAACGUCAAAGCUAAUGCAGGCAAUUUCACUUCUCUCGUUACUGGUUGUUGUUACUUUUUUUUUGUUUGCCCGACUCAAGUCGUUUCCGAGCCUUCGUAAUCUCACACGUAUGUGAAGGGCAUUUAUCUUUGUUUACACUGCCGCCGGAGUCGUGUGCUCUCUCGCACGGUUUGCUCGGUUCGCUCGGUUGAAAGACGUGCACUUUAGGAGCGAGCCGGGGUUUAGCUUGGGCACUUCAAUAGCUUUUUUUAUAAAUCUGUUUUUCUUGCUUUAGUGUGACAUUGUACGAAUGAGAAUUCGAAGGCAAAGAGAUGUUAUGAAAUAGGUGUAACAAGCCAAUGAUGAAGUUCGAUAUUGUUUAUAACGAUAUGUAUAACUAUUUGUAUGAUACAAUAAGUGAAAUUGUAAAUAGUACCUCUAAGAAUACGAAUGGGAUGAACUAUUUGUUGAAGCUGGCAUUUUGUUAUAUUUAUUUUUGUUUUCAUUAUGUUAUAUCUUUCAUAUAAUUUUCCCUAAAAACUCAAAUAGAUAGAUAAUAGAGGUAACUUAUGUUCCAAGAUGAUAAUGAACGAAUGUAGAAACGUGAAAACUGUAAACUAUGUACAUUUGAGAUCAAAUCCAGAAUA